CUGCCAGGGAAGUCCCUAAUCCAUUUUUUAGAAGUCUAAUCUGACUGUAUUUGCUGAUGGGAUCCAAUGCCUAUACUGGGGUGUAGAGAGGUGGAAAGACAUGGUUUAUAGGAGCCAGUGGGCACACUGGAGCUUUAUAAUAAAGUCCACCAGAGAAGUAAAAAGUACUGAGGAUUGCAGGUGAACAACAUCACUGAAUCUUAAGAGGCCCAGCUUUUUAAAUUUUUUAAAAGAGCUUUGUGCAUGGAGAUCUGUGUUAGCUCUGCAGCCUUCCUCUCCUCAUCUCACAAUCUGGUCCAUCUCAGAAAGCCAGGCUGCAGUCCCAGGGCCAGGCUCAUCUCACUCUCCCCCAGAUUCCUACUAUAAUCAGCAGACCAGCUUGGGUGCUUGCAAGAAACCAGGGCUUCACGUUGGCAUUUGCCUUCCCUGUGGCUGGCAGAUGGACUUCCUGUGAUCCGAGUCUGUUUUGUGGACAAAUCUGAUUCUGAAAUAGGUGAGAUAUGGUUGUGGAGGGGGGCACCCUCCCACCCCAUUGAGGUCUGUCCCAAAAGAGGGCUGCCUCCUCCUUCUUCACCCACUUCUCUGCCACUCACUGACUAAGGCAGCUGGAGUGAGAGAAGAAAAAACGGGACUGGCUUCCUUCCUCAAUCAGGCAACCCUGGAGAAGUUGGGAGGCUGAGCUUUUUAGCAGGGACUCAGGAGAUGGUGCUGCAGACUUUUCUUCCACAAGAAUCUAUUGAUGCUCCAGCUUCUGCAAUGAUUCUUACAAGGAAAUUAAACCAGCGGCCUCUUGGAUGGAGGCAGCCACCAUGCCAGUGGUCUACUCAUGGUGUGGAUCCAUUGAACCCAGCAGGAGCUGGGCCACUUCUCCCCUCCACACACCAUGGCACCUGCUGGCCCACUAGUCAUACAGAGCUCUGGACUUGCACCUUGUGCUGACUCUACUGGGCUAAGUGGAGGUUAAAAGUGGUGUUUGCACAAUGAUGCCUCAUUAGUCCCUGUGGGUUUUGACUUAAAGUCAUUCAGAGCAAGUUGGAAGCUGGUUUUGGUUGUUUUUUUUUUUUUUUUUUUUUAAUAGACCAUACAGGGUGAAGUGGAUAUGUAUCUCCAGCCUCUUUUACAUGCCUUUUCUUGCUGUGCAGAAACUGUUUGGAGAAUACAGAUCUGUAAUUCUGCAGAAAACCUGGCAUAUGAGCAGAAUGUGCUGGCCUGGAAACCAGCCUUGCAGAUCAAGCGUGGCAAGGCUCAGGGUCUUCAUGCCUCUGGGAAUGCAAGGGGCCUUCCCAGGACCUGAGCUUCUUCUCCCUUUUUUCUGCAAAACUGACAGAUAAAAAGCUAGAUGUAAACCAGAGCUAAACUAGAAGGUGAUUAGGUAUUUUAUAGGAUGAUUUUUAGCUUUUUAAAAGGUUUUAUCAUGAGAUUAGUUCCUUUGGUUAUCUUAAUAGGUAUCUGAAAUUAAACAUUUUGUUUGCAUAGCUCUACAAGCCCAUGGCUAUUGGGUAAAUCAGGUUACUUCCUCCCUCCUCCCAUUUCUAAGUGCAAUUCCUUAGCUGUUAUAAUGCUAUAAUGUCAUCUUGACAUUUGUGCCUGGAAAAUUUUUGACUUCUGGAAGGGUGGAAGAGGGCUGUCUUGCAGGUAGGAGAGGGUUGGGGCAUGUGCUAUGCCUGCACGUGGUCACCUCUGGUGAACAGAAGGGCCUGGAAGCCAGGAGGCAUUUUAGCAGAUCCAGGACGCCUGGGAGCCAGAGCAAGGACAAGCACACCUGAAUUUCCCUCUAGUCCCUUGGGGAGCCUUGCAGGGCUUCCCCCUCCACUGCCUCUCACACUCCUGGUAAAUGGACACAUCUGGAGCACGCCUCUUGCAUUCUGAAUUCAAGGACUGAGUAGCAGAUAUCAGACAUCUUAAGUCAUUCUGGCAUAGAGUCUUGCUGUUCAAAAAUGAGGGCAGAAUUUCAGCUGGGGGCUUGUAAAUACAGAAUCUCACCCUACCUAUAUGGAUAGUAUUUAACAAGGUCUUCAGUGACUCCUAUGUGCUUGUGGAGAAUCACUGAUAUCAAGAGUAUCAAAAGGAGGAACUUCCCUGAUGGUCCAGUAGUCAAGAGUCUGAGCUCCCAAUGCAGGGGGCUACAGGUUCACUCCCUGGUUAGGGAUCUAAGAUCCCCCUUGCCACAUAGUGUGGGCAAAAAAUAAAAAGAAUAUUAAAAAGAAAAGAGGGUAAAUUUUCAAGGCCUGGAGAAGAGGCUCCCACUUACCUCCCCUGGGACUACAAAGAAGUUCUGACUGGUGUAGAUCCACAAAUUUGUUCUAAAGUCUCAGAGUUCUCUCUCAGAAUUGGGAGGAUAAUUUUACAUUAGGGUAAUUCUGGAUUUUCGUUGGGUUUAAAAACAACUCAUAUUUCCAAAAGAUAUUGAAUAAUAGGUCCUGCUUCAAACUUCCAUGAUCAGAUUCCUUGUAAAUGUCUGUGUCUCACAGCCUUCAUUGAAAAGGGAAGUGUUGGUGAGAGAGGAAGGUGCCCACCCAAGCCUUGGGUCCAGCCAAGGCUGGAAGAAGAAGAACCGCUCGUUGCUGUUUUGAUUUUACUUCCUGUCCUGCCAGGAGGCCCAUCAGUGCCAAGGAGCGCUUACCCCGAGCUCUGCCAUGAUGCCCGUGGCGGUGGAGGACAUCAUGAGGUUGCUGUGCUCCAUCUCCGAGGAGAGGAAGAUGAAGGCGGCCGUCAAGCACUCCGGGAAGGGUGCCCUGGUCACCGGGGCCGUGGCCUUCGUUGGCGGCCUGGUGGGCGGUCCACCAGGACUAGCCGUUGGGGGGGCCGUCGGGGGUCUGUUAGGUGCAUGGAUGACGAGCGGACAGUUUAAGCCAGUUCCUCAGAUCAUAAUGGAGCUACCGCCUGCCGAGCAGCAGAAGCUCUUUAACGAAGCCACGGCCAUCAUCAGGCACCUGGAGUGGACGGACGCCGUGCAGCUGACCAUGCUGGUCAUGGGCAGCGAGGCCCUGCAGAAGCAGCUGCUGGCGAUGCUGGCCAACUACGUCACCAGGGAGCUGCGGGCAGAAGUGCAGUACGAUGACUAGACCUCGGCCCUGGGAAGUGGGGUCCGUUUGGAUGAUUCCCCGGACUCAUGGGAGGUGACCGGGGAGCUAUGGGAAGCCCACAUCAUUAAAAUAUUACCUAAACUGUAGCAGCAUCUCCUGCUGAAGAGGCUGCUGCUCUGCUAGAUCAUGUUGUGGAAAUUAUUGGAGAAGAUGCUGUGCUUUAUGGCUGUGUGCACCUGUGUGUCCUGACAGCCUUUGAGGGGGAAGCUGGUGAAUAGCAAAGCUGUGCCUGCUGCCAUGUGGUGGUGGUUUUUUGAGUCCACACUUGCUCACACAGGAGCCAGAAGAAGGUCAGCACGUUCAGUCUCUCAUCUCAUUGCAAGAAGAUGACGCCUGUCCAGGCACCCAUUGCAGGACCAGCCCCUCUCCCCCCACACCUUGAGACCUGGGGGGGCUGGCUCCUGUUGGAAUCAAGUUUACCUCUUGAUUAUCCUUCCACCGCCCAGUGACUUCUGAGUGGCCUCAGGGGGGGGCAGUCUGCCUGCUGAGUGAAGCCAAGAAUGCCAGUGGCACUCUGCCCCUCCCCCACUAGCUGCCAGACUAGGUUCUCACACUCCUGGGGGGGCUUGCUUUCCCCAUCUGAACAGUCACGGUAGUUCUUGUGUUCAGCUUUUUAAAUUAAAUAUUUUCAGUGAAAGUAUUUCUCUUUCUGAAGUGGUACGAUCAUAAACUUACCUGGACACAGGAAACAUCUCCAUCCUAAAUUUCCCUAAUACUGUUUCUGCUUUGCUUUCAGAACCACAGCUUGACUGUCAUCAAAUCACAGUAAAUGUUUUCUGAAUAGUCCUUUUCUCCACCUAUUUUGUGUAAAGCGUCUCUAAGAUUCAAAGUCAUGUACUUGGAACACAAAGGAAGAGAACGGAUUUGUGGCUCUAAAGAGUGAAUGAAAGCUCUGGAUUCCUGGGCCCGACACCUGCCGCUCCAGGCUGCUGUGGUUCCCGGGGCUGCCAGCGUGUGCACACUUCCGGGCCUGCCCUGGCCACCACAGGGCGUCCCUUGGGUCUCUGCAGGGAGCUGGAAGGAAGCUUCACUGGCCUCCCGGGGGUACAGCGGAAGGCACUCGUGUGGAGCAGAGAUAGCAUCCUGCACCUUCUUUGGAUAAAGGAAACUUCAGGGCAAAUUUGAACCGGAGGUGAUUAAGGAAGGAUCAGGCUUUUAUCUCAGAAAAGUUGCUCUUUAUCUGGCCUUAUCUAGUACUCAUCAGGUACCCUUCACAGGUCAAAUGACUGGGGUUGAUGAGGCCACUUGGUCAUUUUCCCUGCUCGGGUCGAUGAGGGAGCAGGGCAGGGUCCUUUUAGAUGAUUCUCCUGACACAUAGAAGGUGACUGGGGAGUUUGGGGGGAUCCCACCCACUCAUUACUUGUGUUGGGUCCUACUCUGCGAGGCUCCGGGGACACAGGUGGUCCCAGCUCAAAGGUCCUACACCAGUGUCCACUGGAUCCCUCCCCUGACCUACCUGCCGUUACCCCUAGGAAAGCCACUCUGGGGAGAUGGCCUGAUUCCUGACCAGACAGGUGUCAGAUGAAGCAGACCUUACAGAAUGAAGUCACUGGCCUAGUCAGGUCCUGGGUGACUUGUGAUGGACUCUGAGCCCAAGAGGAGUCCAGACCUUGGGUCUCAUCUCUCCCAGGAGCUGAAAGCACUUUCCUUUCACGCUCUCCUCACUCACAGUAACUGUGGCUUAGUAUUUCUUCAUCUUCUUUGAAAAUUUUUGACUUAUUUAUUUUUGAAACUUAGGAGACACCAGAAGGUAUAAAUGGAAAAUGAAGGGGUUCUCCUGUGCUGGCUGCUGCUCCAGACCCUUUCCAGAUGCACCAUUGUACCAAUUUCUUCUGUAUUCCUGUUUUUAGCCAGUCUUUCGUUUAUCAGUGUUUAUUGCUGAAAACAUAGAAAAAUCCAGAAAAGUACAAUGAAAAAACCAUUAAACUAUCAUCACCCCAAAAAAACCCACUGUUAACACAUUUGGCAUACUUUGUGCAAACUUUUUAAUGGUAUGUAUGUUUCUAACCUAUUUGCAUCUUUACUGUUUAGAACCUUUGAACACUUUUACCAAUUAGCAUUAAAUAACACUUGUGAUGUAA